AUGAAUAGAGAACAAAGAAAUUAUCAGCUUGAUUUUCUGCGUGCACAGCACAGCAUGUUUGGUUAUUUCACAAAGCUUGUUGAACAGUAUACUAAAAUUUUAAUCCCACCGAAAGAUAUUAUUAUGAAAUUGGAGGAAGAAUUAGAGAAGCCAAGACAACUUCUUGAUGAUGUAAAAUACAGAGUUGUAUGGCAUAAGUAUCAAGAACGUCAACGUAAGCGUGAAGAGGGAGCUGCAGAGCGUGAACGCUUUGCGUAUGCUUUAAUUGAUUGGCAUAACUUUGUAGUUGUGGAAACAGUCGACUUUCAGCCGAAUGAAACAGGUGAUUUCCCCUUGCCGACUACUGCUGAUGAAGUCGGAGCGCGUUUACUAGCAGAAGAACGUGGCCUUCAACCCCAGCCUAAAUGA